AUUGCGUAUUCAGUCCCAUUUUAGUAAUGGAUAACUUCGGUUACCGCGAAAUGGGUUGGCCGACGCCUUUGCAAACUCCCACGUCUCCGACUAGACCGCGACCAACGAGAAGCUUUAGCACCAGGAAUAGAGAACCAGAAGAGUUUCCACUAAAUUCAACAUACAGACAUGUACGCAGCAUCGACUUACUGGAAAGUGCUCGAGAGCCCGGUAAAGCCAAGGAGUAUAUAUUCGUGGGUCCAUCCCCACCAGCAGAAGAUACUACAAACUUAUAUCAUAGCUACGACGUCUUAGCACCAGACCCUGAAGCAAGAUUGUCGGAUGAAUCGCUGAGAAAAUGUUUAUGUGAACGCGCUGUUACAUUAGGUGCUGGGAGAUUUUUCGAUGACGUGGAAUGCGGAUUAAUAACCGCAGAAAAUAUUGUAGAACAUAUAUCUUCAGCUCCAGAAGUGGUGGUGAAUUUGACCUUAUUGUGGGCUGCAUUUUUGGGCCGCGAUGAAUUACUUCCAUACAUUUUGGAGGCUGGCGCUGACAUACAUAAUUCGGAACCUGCAGGAUUGACGGCAUUACAUUUAGCUGCUUUCAGUGGGGCUGGUAGAGUAGCUGCUUUUCUGAUAUCCCGUGGAGCAGAUGUGGAUUAUGCACCAAAAUAUUUCACUCCUCUUCAUUGUACUGCAUUUGGAAAUUCUUUAGAAGUUGCAGAACUACUGAUAGCAAAUAAUGCGUCAUUACAUACUGUAGUUCAAAGAGCAGGAUGUGAAGAUAAUCUUGUUCACUGCGCUGUAAGAAGCGAUGCUGUAGAAUGCAUGGAAUUAUUUAUAGAAAGAGGUGUGGAUCCCGGAUAUGUGACAUCAGGCGGUUUGAAUGCUUUACAUCUAGCUGCAGAAUUAGGAGCUCAACGUUGUUUGCAUUAUUUGUUAAAAGAAACAAAAAUAAGUGUAAACGGUACUACAAAGCAAAGAGAUAAAGAAAGUACGGCCUUACAUUUAGCAGCUGCAAGAGGGUACGCAGAAUGUGUUGAACUAUUAAUAGCUCAAGGAGCAAAAACAAAUACGAAGAACUAUAGAGGAUUUACUCCUCUUCAUCUUGCAGCCAGAUGUUCGAGUGUAGAAUGUGUGGAAAUUCUUUUAAGAGACGGUAAUGCAGACGCAAAUAUUGAAGAUUUAGAUAAAAGAACUCCAUUACAUGCGGCUGUUAAUCGAUCAGAACGCGCUUGUGACAUAAUUGACAUGCUGGUUAGUUGGGGAGCUCAAGUAAACAAAAAAGAUGCUUAUGGGUAUUCACCCUUACACAUCGCGGCGAUGGAUGGUUUGACUCAGUGUGUCGAAACGCUUAUUUAUCUAGGCGCCGAUGUAACGUCAAAAUCAAAGAAAGGUCAUACAGCUUUAAGCGUAAUAACUAGGAAAACUCCCAAAUCGUUAGCUAUUUUACGUCAUAAUCUUGAUAGUGGUAUUUCUCUAAGUCGUUCUACAGAAGGAAAUGAAGAAGUUCAAAUUGAAUUUGACUUUGGAAAGCUACUAAAAUUUUCUUAUCCACGCGAAAUAACUUAUCUGAACAGUUUAAUUGAUGAAGGUCAGAAGGAUAUUUUGUUGCACCCUUUAUGUUCUGCGUUUUUGUUUAUGAAGUGGCGUAAGAUAAGAAAAUUUUAUUUGGCAAGAUUGGUGUUUUGUUUUUUGUUUGUAACUUUUUUGUCCAUUUAUGUACUAACUGCUGUAGUGAAAACUUGUACUGGAAAAUAUUCUAAGAAAUAUGGCGUCCCUAAUGAACUCUGCCAAAAACAAUCACUACUAGGUGUGAUGUUGAAGAACAAUCCGAUAGAAUUUGAAAGGUGGGUGUUAAUUGGAAUAACCGCCUUUGAAAUUGUACGAAAACUUACUGGUAUUACUGGUUAUUCGAGUAUAUAUCAAUAUUUUACUACUUUUGAAAAUUUGAUGGAAUGGUUUGUGCUUCUGUCUGUAUUUUCGCUAUACAAUAUUGAAAAAGAUUAUAGUUGGCAGAAUCAUAUCGGAGGCUAUGCUGUUUUAGGCGCGUGGACUAACUUGAUGCUCAUGAUGGGCCAACUACCAAUGUUUGGAGAUUAUGUUGCAAUGUACCAAAAAGUUUUAACUGAAUUCUUAAAACUUCUUUUGGCUUAUAUUUGUCUCUUAUUGGGUUUCGCUAUUUGCUUUUGCGUUGUUUUCCCAAACGAAGAAAUGUUUUCGAACCCUCUUAUGGGUUUCAUCAGUACAUUGUCAAUGAUGGUGGGAGAACUUAACCUAAAUAUCCUCAUCAAUGAUCCCUUGCUCGAUGAAGAUCCACCAUUAGUGUUUGAGUUGUCAUCACAAAUAAUAUUCAUCUUGUUUCUUAUGUUUGUGACAAUAAUUCUGAUGAAUUUACUUGUCGGUAUUGCUGUUCAUGAUAUCCAAGGUUUACGUAAAACUGCUGGAUUAUCUAAGUUAGUAAGACAAACCAAGCUUAUUCUGUUUGUUGAAAUGGGGAUGUUUAGUGCUUGGUUACCUAAAUGCUUACACAAGUAUGUUUAUAGAACGGCUUUGGUAUCUCCAGAGGCCGGUAAAGUAAUAUUAAGUGUAAAACCAUUAAAUCCGAGAGAAAAACGAUUACCUACUGAUAUAAUGAUGGCAGCUUAUGAACUGGCACAGUUGAAUAAAGUAAAAUAUGGAAAAUCAGUAAAAGAGAUGCUAUACAAAAAUAAGUAUUCGUCAAAACUGAAUGAAUCUCAGCCGAGCGAUAAUAACUUUAACAUUGAAAUAAGAGGUAUGCAAGAGAAAAUCGAUCAAACUACUUUUAAUUUGAAGAAAAUAGAUCAAGAGUUGAGACAUCUAAAUACAAUGUUAAACGAACAACAUAUUAUGCUGCAGAAUUUCAUUAAGUGUACUGAUUUGGUGCCUUAUAGGGGACAAAUUGUUACAUCUCCAUCUUACAGUGAAACUUCUCCAUUCGUCUUCUAUCCAAAUAAUGGUGAUAUAAAAUAGACCUCUAUUUCAAAUUAUGAAUCAUGGUGUAUUAUACAAAUGAAAACCUCGUAGAAAAUUUUUGUUAUUUUUUAAUGGGGUCAGUGAUAAAAAGUUAAAGUAAGAAGGAAUACGCAGAACAUUGUAUGAUAAUUUUUCUAUUAACUAUUAAAUUUUUUUUUGUACUCAACAGUCUUUCAAAAUUUGAAUGUUUACAGUUCAAAAUGGAGGAUUUUACUAUAAAAAUGAAAUGUUAUCUUGAUUACUUCAUUAAUUUUAAUUCACAUAAUUAUGAACGUUCAAAUCUCUUAAGGUAUUUACUUUGCUUUAAUAAACAAUUCUGAACAAACAGUUUCUGAUAAUAAGGCUUAUUAUCUUUAAAAGAUAACAUAAAAACGUGAUUAGAUGAUUGAGAAACGUGUGGUUCACGAUCAAGGAGGAUGAUUUUGAAGGCGAUGAUACAUAUAUAAAAGGUCAUCUACCUGGUUUACUGACUGACAGACAACGCACAGUCUAA